CCCGCCGUGCCGUAGUGGUGGCUGCUGCUCGUCGUUGUUGUUGUUGUUGUGACGGUGGCACUACGGGCCCGACGGACCGAGAGGAAGACCGACAGGCCAGCCCCUCCCUUCCUUCCCCCGCCCGCCCGCACCGGCGCCAUGAAGUGGAUGUUCAAGGAGGACCACGCGCUGGAGCACCGCUGCGUGGAGUCCGCCAAGAUCCGGGCCAAGUACCCUGACCGCGUCCCGGUGAUUGUUGAAAAGGUCUCAGGCUCUCAGAUUGUGGACAUUGACAAGCGGAAGUACCUGGUUCCAUCUGACAUCACUGUGGCUCAGUUUAUGUGGAUCAUCCGGAAGAGGAUUCAGCUGCCAUCUGAGAAGGCAAUAUUCCUCUUUGUAGACAAGACUGUCCCACAAUCCAGCCUGACAAUGGGACAGCUUUACGAGAAGGAGAAGGACGAGGAUGGCUUCCUGUAUGUGGCCUAUAGUGGAGAAAACACCUUUGGCAUCUGAUUGCAUCUCCUUCCCUCUUGUGUCUUGUAAAUAGCCUCUUGUUUGUGAUCAUGACCCCGGGGCACAUCCUGCAUCUGUCACUGGGUUGAUUUAAUAUAUGGAUAGAUUUUUGUUAGCCUGGUAAUUUAUGAAAGUUUUAUUUCCCCAUUGCACAUUGUACUCAUAGCUGUAAAUUCCAUAGUCUCUCUCCUCUGGGACACAUAUACUGACAUUAUUUAAAUACUGAAGCAAGGUAGUUGAGGGACUAAAGUGAUGGGGGGAGGGGGAUUUUGAAAUGAAGGUUUGACUAAUUAUUAAUUAUUACAGUUUCAUAGUAAGGGCGCUUUUAGAUUGUUCCAAACAGUCUCAAGAUGCUAAUAUGUUGAUUUUGGCUAGUGUCUUCCUCUUGAUGAAUUUUGCUAGAGGAAAC